UUACCGAGAGCCUGUCCAAGUGGGGCUCCAUCUCCGCACUCGCUCCCCUCGGCACCUCGGUCCCCACCCCCUCCCCCGCCCGCCUCAGAAGCGGGAAGAAGCCAGACCGAGCCGUUCUUCGUCCUUUCCCCCACCACCCGGAGGGGUCGGACGGUGAUGACCCCCAAGCCUGCCGGGACCCUGGACGGAAGCCCGGACGGAGGCUGGGGCUGGGUGGUGGCGGCCGCGGCCUUCCUGGUGAACGGGCUCUCCUACGGGCUGCUGCGCUCCCUGGGCCUGGCCCUCCCUGACAUCGCUGAGCACUUCGGCCGGACCUCUCAGGACACGGCGUGGGUCAGCGCCCUGGCCCUGGCCGUGCAGCAGGCAGCCAGUCCAGUGGGCAGCGCCCUGAGCACCCGCUGGGGGGCGCGCCCCGUAGUGAUGGUUGGGGGCGUCCUCACCUCCCUCGGCUUCCUCUUCUCAGCUUUCGCGGGGAGUCUGCUGCACCUCUACCUUGGCCUGGGCGUCCUCGCCGGCGCCGGCUGGGCCCUGGCGUUCGCCCCUGCCCUGGGCACCCUCUCCCGCUACUUCUCCCGCCGGCGAGUCCUGGCCGUGGGGCUGGCACUGACGGGCAACGGAGCCUCCUCGCUGCUCCUGGCGCCGGCCUUGCAGCUCCUCCUGGAUACUUUCGGCUGGCGGGGGGCCCUGCUCCUCCUGGGCGCCAUCACCCUCCACCUCGCCCCCUGCGGCGCCCUGCUGCGACCCCUGCAGCUGCCCGGGGACCCUCCCGCCCCACCCCGCGGGCUCCUCGCUGCCCUCGGCCUGGGUCUCUUCGCGCGCCCAGCCUUCUUGGUUUUUGCUCUGGGCACAGCCCUGGUGGGGGGCGGGUACUUCGUCCCCUACGUGCAUCUGGCCCCUCACGCUUUAGACCGGGGCCUGGCGGGGUACAGGGCCGCGCUGGUGGUGGCCGUGGCCGCGGUGGGGGAUGCGGGCGCCCGGCUGGUCUGCGGGUGGGUGGCGGACCAGGGCUGGGUGCCCCUCCCGCGGCUGCUGGCGGUGUUCGGGGCUCUGACGGGGCUGGGGCUGCUGGCCGUGGGGCUGGUGCCGGUGGUCGGGAGCGAGGAGGCCUGGGGGGGCUCCCUGCUGGCCGCGGCCGGGGCCUACGGGCUGAGCGCAGGCAGCUACGCCCCGCUGGUGUUCGGUGUGCUCCCGGGGCUGGUGGGCAUCGGAGGUGUGGUACAGGCCACGGGGCUGGUGAUGCUGCUGAUGAGCCUCGGGGGGCUUCUGGGCCCUCCGCUGUCAGGCUUCCUCAGGGAUGAGACGGGGGACUUCACGGCCUCCUUCCUCGUGUGUGGCUCCUUCGUCCUCUCAGGCAGCUCCAUCUACCUGGGGCUGCCUGGGGCGCUGCCCUCCUGCAGUCCGGCCUCACCUCCAGCCACCCCUCCCCCUGAGAGGGGGGAGCUGCUCCCAGCUCCUCCGGGGGCCCUGCUGUCCCCAGGAGGCCCGCAUGCCACCGCCGACACCUCCUGUUGACCAUUUUCUUUUGGUUUGAGCCUCUCCCUCAAUAAAAAAUUUCCAAUGUG